AUGAAGUGCUACAUCAAGCUCAAUGUUCUCCUUGUGCUGCUAGCGCUUUGCCUCCCGACUGGAUCAGGCGAAGCAACAGAUGCAGCAAAUUCGGAAGCGACAGGGAAUGGGCUUCAGUUUGCGACAGCUGGUAUUCUCGCACAGUUUACAGUUACAUCAAAGGACGAGUCUGGCGUGCGACGAACUUCUGGAGGUGAUGAAUGGAUAGUAGAAUUUGCUGGUACAAGGUCUCUUACAGGGUCGGUUGUGGACAAUUUGGAUGGUACAUACCAAGUGUCAUAUACAGCAACGAAAUCUGGUAGUUAUGAAGUAAGCGUCUUGCUGGCCAAGUCUGGAGCUGGAACCUGUUCUGCGAAAUCUUUUGCAACACCCAAUCAAGCAGAACCAGGAAAUAGUCUAGAACUGUCGACAGCAGGCGUUCAAGCAGAAUUUAGCAUCACAGCCAAAGAUUUGUACGGAAACUUAAGAGGAAUCGGUGGCGACAACUUCAAGGUCAGACUCACAGGUGUUGAUAGCAGUGCUGGUAUUGUUCAAGACUUCCUGAAUGGUACAUAUCGUGUUACUUAUACCACGACUGUUUCUGGAACUUAUGACAUCAGUGUUGUAUUUGGAGCAAGUGGAAUUUACCAAAGUCCAUUCCGAAUGGUU